GCCCCAACUACCCUCACACCUACGGUGUUGCCUGGCGUCCUCGCACAGCACGUCCGCACCACCCGAGGCUGCUCCUCUUGAGAAAAACACUCCAUCAACGUAAUCACCUUCUUUCUUCACUAACCCUGCCACGUUUACACCCUCAUUCCCUCACAAUCACAUUCAAACCUAACCAACCAAUCAAUGGCUUCUACAGCACCACACUCAAACAAAUAACAAUUUCAUUUCGUUUCGUUUCAUUUCAUUUCAUUUCAAUGCAAUGCAUUUCGCAAUGGAUUUCACAAAACACUCAACUAAAAAACUUCCCCCAAUCUUCACACGUCCUUUAACCUGGAUAACUUCCAACACCCCCCGCCACCAACGCCGCCAUUUCCCUCCACCACCACCGCCACCUCCACAUCCGCCUCCAGAUUCCAACAAACCUCCACUAACCUCCCUACCUUCCAUCCUCUCACACAAAAUUCUAGAUUCUUCUAAAUGCAAAUCAAUUUUACCUCAUUUAACCCCUCACCAAUUCGACACCUUAUUCUUCACUCAUCACUCCACCGUUAACCUCAAAACGACGCUCGAUUUCUUUCGUUUCGCUUCCAACCAAUUCAAGUUCUGCUUCACCGUUCGUUCCUAUUGCCUACUGAUUCGAUUGCUUCUAUGUUCCAAUCAUUUGCCGCGCGCUAGGUUUUUCAUGAAACGUUUAAUCGACGGCAACGUUUCCACGCCGUUACUUAACCGUGACGAUAGGCUUAGCGAAAUGGCUUCCUCGUUUCUUGAACUGAGUCGUUUAACGGAACGAAGUCACGGCGAAUUGGAUUUGUUGCUUCAUAUUCUUUGUUCGCAGUUUCAGCAUUUGGGAUUUCAUUGGGCUUUUGAUAUUUUCACAUUGUUCACUAGCAAUGGUGUUUUCCCUUCCCUUAAAACCUGCAAUUUUUUGUUGAGUUCUUUGGUGAAAUCCAAUGAGCUUCAUAAGAGUUAUCGAGUUUUUGAUGUGGUUUGUCGUGGUGGUGUUUCUCUUGAUGUUUACACCUUUUCGACCGCAAUUAACGCCUUUAGUAAAGGUGGAAAAAUUGAUGAUGCUGUUGGUUUGUUCUCUAAAAUGGAGGAACAAGGUGUUUUGCCUAAUGUGGUUACUUACAAUAACUUGAUUGAUGGGUUAUGUAAGAGUGGAAGGUUAGAAGAAGCUUUUAGGUUUAAAGAUAAGAUGGUUGAAAACAAAGUGAACCCUAGUUUAGUUACUUACGGGAUUUUUAUCAAUGGUUUGAUGAAGAAUGAGAAAUUCGAUGAGGCGAAUUCGGUUUUGGUAGAAAUGUAUAGCAAGGGGUUUUCCCCUAACGAGAUUGUUUUUAAUGCACUUAUUGAUGGGUAUUGCAGGAAAGGGAAUAUGAAUGUGGCGUUGAGGAUUAGGGAUGAUAUGAUGUCGAAGGGAAUGAAACCUAAUGCUGUUACUUUUAAUACUCUUUUACAGGGUUUUUGUAGGAGUAAUCAAAUGGAGCAAGCUGAGCAAGUGUUAGGGUACUUGUUAUCGAAUGGUUUGUCUGUUAACGAGGAUGCGUGUUCAUAUGUGAUUCACAUGUUAUGCAAUAGUUCCAAGUUUGAUUCGGUUUUUAAAAUUGUUAAGCAGUUAAUGUUGAGGAACAUUAAGGUUAAUGAUAGCUUGCUAACUUUGUUGGUUUGUGGACUUUGUAAUUGUGGAAAGCAUUUGGAGGCGAUUGAGCUUUGGUUUAGACUAGCAGAUAAAGGGGGAACAUUUGCAAUGAAUACGGCAACCUCAAAUGGGCUUCUCCAUGGACUUUGUGAAAGGGGGAACAUGGAAGAGGUCGUUGCGGUACUCAAAGAAAUGCUGGAGAGAGGUUUGGUACUUGAUGGGAUUUCCUACAACACACUUAUUUUUGGCUGGUGUAAAUCAGGUAAAAUUGAGGAAGCUUUUAAGCUUAAGGAAGAGAUGGUGAAUAAAGGAUUCAAGCCAGAUACUUAUACCUACAAUUUCCUAAUGAAAGGGUUAACUGAUAAGGGUAAAAUAGAUGAUGUUGAUAAGGUUUUGCACGAAGCCUUAGAACAUGGCAUGGUUCCAAAUGUCUAUACAUAUGCACUAAUGUUGGAAGGAUAUUGUAAGGCUGAUAGGAUUGACAAUGCUGUGAGUUUGUUCAACAACUUAGUUAAUAAGGAAGUAGAACUUAGUUCUGUUGUUUAUAACAUACUUAUUGCAGCCCAUAGUAAAGCUGGAAAUUUUAUGGAAGCCUUCAAACUCCGUGAUGCUAUGAAAAGUAGUGGCAUUCUUCCUACCAUUCAAACAUAUUCUUCUCUAAUACAUGGAAUGUGCCGUAUUGGCCGUGUUGAGGAAGCAAAGGAAAUUUUUGAAGAAAUAAGAAAUGAAGCAUUGUUGCCAAAUGUGUUUUGUUAUACUGCUCUAAUUGGUGGUUACUGUAAGUUAGGUCAGAUGGAUGCAGUGCCAAGUAUCUUACUGGAAAUGACUUCAAAAAGUAUACAGCCUAAUAAAAUUACCUACACUAUUAUGAUUCAUGGUUAUUGUAAAUUAGGAUACACGAAUGAAGCGACUAAGCUUUUAAAUGAGAUGAUAACAAAUGGAAUAUCACCUGAUACUGUUACUUAUAAUGUAUUGCAAAAAGGAUAUUGCAAUGUAAAGGAGCCCGAAGAGACUCUUCAAUGCGCUCAUAUGCCUGAUACAGAAGUACCCUUGGACGAAAUAACGUAUACCACAUUGGUUGACAAGUUGCAUCCACAUACAGAUGCAGCACUUAGUAAUCGAGAAUAAUUAGGAAUCAAAACAGUUGAUAGUUGACACUCAGUUGAUACCAGAACUCUAGUGGUUGAGACUGCCAUUGUUAAGCUUGAUUUUAAGCUCAUUGUUAAGCUUGAUUUUAAGCUCAUUGUUAAGCUUGGUCCAGACACGAUGGUUACUACCAACAGCUAAAGCAGCAUACUCUUGACUUGGCUUCCUAGUUGAACAAUAAGCCCUGGAUUUUAGAGAUUUGUUGAUGUUGCUUAUUUGGCGAUCAAUUCAAGCCAGCCCACCUUCUCAUGCAGGUAUAUAUAUAACAAGAGUGAUAUAGUCGAGCAUCAAAUGGUUUUCUUAUCCAUCUUCUUUUCCAUUUGAUGCGGUGAGGGCUCAUAGUUAGAUUAUUUUCCCCACACCCGCACACAAACAUAUGUGUGUAUCCAAUAUGGCAUUGCUUGGACGUCAGAUAUUGGAGAUAGCAUUAAAGAUUUGAAGAGACUAAUCGGGAUGUGUCUCCACCCAAGGAUUAUAGGCAAGAGGGGAACUUGAUGUAGAAAAAGCAAAAGCAAUAUUGCAGAGACUAUUUGAAGUAUAUACAAGGUACCUGCUGGUGGCAAGUGAACUUAAUAGACUUUCAAGUUUCAGGAUGCCCUGCAUUUAAGGAGCAUUUGAUUCUUUUGAUCCGUUUUAACAAUUUUGGAAGUUGUUCCCAACAUAGACUUUGAAAAUAUAUAGUUUUAAGAUACAAAAGUUUAUAAAUUUAAUAUACAUGCUGGAUCGCUGGCCAGUGAUGGAUGACCUUUGUUUUCGGGUCUUCAUUGUCCCGUCUGCACCUUUUGGAAUGACAUUGGAGGAAUUUUUAUAGAAGAGAAGACAUAAAAGAACAAGUGGAAAGAUGAAAGGGAAACCCCCAUCUUGACUGUAGAUAUGCAUACAAAUCCCUAGAAGUGUACUGUCUUUCUUUAUUUCAAUACAAAUAAAUUAUAUUAUAUAGAUAAAUUAACUUGAUUCUUUACCAGUGAAGAACAGAGAUUUUAAUACAUUAUUUGUACUUGGGGUAUUUGUAUGAGACACAUUUCUAAUUCUAUUAGUAGCCUGUUAUAAGUUUUUUGACUUUUAAACUUCUGUAUAUAAAUGUGAAGUUGAGAACUAUCCCAUCUAAGAUGGUAAGAUGGCUCAUGUGGUUGUUUUCUUUCA